AUGGCUUCUCCCAAAUUGGGCCUUUCAGCCACUACCACCUCCUCGCCCUCAUCAUCUUCUGCCUCCAUGUGUCCUCCACACCCUGGAAGCCCUAGCCGUGUGCCCGAGGGUCCUCCAAGUCCAGUUACUCCGACACCUAGUCCAGGUGUGGCGUCUGCCGGAGCUGCUCCCACCAGGGCCCAGUUGAGUCUUGCUCUGAUAUUAGAAGAGUUGCGGGUGCUUCAGCAAAGACAGAUAAACCAGAUGCAAAUAACAGAGGAGAUCUGCAGACAAGUACUACGUCUGGGUGGGGCAUCUUACUCUAUAGACUCACCUUCUCAGCAUCUUCUCUCGCCCCUACCUCAACUCUGUCUGGAAGCCAAAAGGGCCAGCAGCCCAACUACCCAAACCACUGAUACAGAGGGUUCCACAUCGGUCACUCCUCUCCUGGCAUGUUUUUCAAGCUUGCUUCCCUCUCAGGUGGCUAACAAACCUUCAAAAUCUAGUAAUGCCUUGUGUCAAAUUCUCCAAACAUGCAAGCCCCAGAUGGAGGGCACAGAAGACAAUUCAGGGGCAAGUAGUUACCCAAGGGUGCGCACACACUCCGCAGAUCAUUCUGCAACUUCAGCUGCUGCCAUGACUUCCUCAACCUAUCCACUUGCUUUAUCUUUGGCUCUACCUAACCAUUAUUUUAAUGAAAAAUUGCCAAAUGAAAUCUCAAUGAGUGAGCACAGUGGCAAGUCCUACCUAAAUGCAGCCCUCUCGUCAGUAUCUCCGAAUGCACAAUAUACACUGCAAUCGUUCCCCGGAGGGAUAAACCCUUCCUCUAGCAGUUCUAACCGGCUCCAGCAUGCUUGCCGUUUUUGCGGGAAGAUUUUCAGUGGGGACUCAGCCUUACAGAUACAUCUGCGUUCACAUACUGGGGAGCGGCCCUACCAAUGUCCUGUGUGCCUGAGUCGCUUCACCACCAGGGGCAACCUCAAAGUGCAUUUCUUACGGCACCGUGAGCAAAACCCAGAGCUGUCGCUUUCACUCCUUCCACCAUCUUUGUUUGGAGUUGCUUUGCGGGCAAAUGGAACCACAGAUAUGAGUCAGACUAGCAGCAGUGGUUGCAAUACUAGUGCUUUGAAGAUGUCUGAAAAGAAGCCAAAAAGCAGGCCUGAAGAUGAAAUAUAUGGAAAUGAUUUGCAGGUCAGCGGUACCAAUGGUGGGUUUCCUCUUGGAGUGUCAGGGGGGUCUACUCCUUGCACGCUACCCCUUCCUCCAAGUGUUGAUCUGGCCUUGAUUUCUCAUUCCUUGCUUCAACUUAACAGGGCAGCAGCUGUAGCAGCAGCAGUCUCAAUUGCCUCUGGCUCAUCUUACUCAUCCCCCUCUACCUCAUCAGCCCCCUCCUCUUCACUAGCAACCUCAUUACUUUCAAAUCCAAUAUCAUCUUCACCAUCUACCAUUACAGGAUUGCUAAAGGGUACAGAGCACUCAAAUAACUCUGAUGAAAACACCCCUCCUCAAGCUCCAAUGCUUUCUCCUGCAGCUUACUCCCAAUUAGCUCACCUGCCAAAGCUUCUUUUCCCAUCUGGCUCAUCAAGCUCUACCUCAAGUGUCACACACUCAACACUGCAUCCAGCUUUGGGCAUUCUCUGCAACCCAUUAGCUUCAAACCCUGGCUCCCACCAAACAGCCUCUUCCAGCUUGUCACACAUCACUUUCCCUUUCACGCCCUUCCAUAAACCUGCAACUGCUGUACAGUCCUCUACAGCUGUCUCUACACCUACAUCUGAAACCUCCAAGCUCCAGAGACUGGUGGAGAAGCUGGAAAAGACACCUUCUCAGUCAACCUAUCCAUGGUCCUCUUCCUCAAUUUCCACCUCUACAAUGGAUGUGCAAUCAAGCAAUACCAUAGCUUUGCCUGCCAGUUCAGCUAACAGUAAUUUCACAAGUACUAGCACUUCCACAACAUAUAUCAUGGCAGCUCCACCAUCCUCUACGCUGGUCACAACAUCUGUUUCAAAUUUUGCCAGUCAGAUGGUAGCUGCCCUCGGCAUGGGUGUCAAUAAUGUAAAUGCCAUUGCAGGGGGGUUGCUACCAGCACUGAAUAUCACAGGUGCAGCGAAUAAUUUAGCAACUAAUCAAUGUGGUGUGUGUCUUCGGGUUCUGAGCUGCCCCAGAGCACUGCGUUUACACCAGGCCACGCACCUUGGAGAGCGCCCUUUCCCAUGCAAGUUAUGCGGAAGGUCCUUUUCAACCAAAGGCAGUCUACGGUCCCAUCUGGCGACACAUCAUGCUCGGCCCCAUAAUGCUCGUGUCCACAACUCUUGCCCACUGUGCCAGCGUAAAUUCACAAAUGCUCUUGUACUACAACACCAUAUUCGUAUGCACCUUGGUGGUCACCUGCCGCCUGUAGGCACUGACGAUUCUACCUGUGAGCCAACAUCUGAUUCUAAUGCAAAAUCUUUGUCACAAUCUGAGUCCAACUCCAAUGCACAAAACACUGUGCCAAAUAAAACACCUCAACCUAGCAACUUAAACAGCCUAUCCCCGAGUUCAAAAUUACAAAAUGUGGAAACUGAUUCAUGCGCCGUUGCUGACAGUACACCUGCUGAAUGCACUGCAACUACUACCAAAUCUGUCCCCACUAGCCCAGACCUCAAAUCCCCCGCUGAUCUUAGUCCCGACCCCUUUAUGAAUACCACAACUCAAACUCCACCUGCAACCACCGAUGAUCCUCCUUUCCUUUGUGCAAAUGCUCCUCUGCCAUUUACCCAGCAUACCGAAUUUGAUGACUUUUCCCUCGUUGACAAAGAUGAUCGACUUGAGCAAACUGCCACAGAUUCAGCCUCCAAGUCAACUUCACCUGUUACCCAAAACACUGCAUUGCAUGACGUUAUGGCCAGGGACUGUGAGGAAACCUCUUAUUUAUCUGAUGCAUCUAUUGUUCCCAAAUCAAACCAGCCAGAUCUACAAAGCACAUCUACAAAAUGUGACCCUUUUACUUACAACUGUUCAAGUACAAAUUCUUCUAUAACACAGAAGCAAGACGACACUACAGUUGUAGACACUCCAAACCCAGAGUCAAGCUUGGUCUCCGCAAGGGUGCAAUCACCCGAACCCAUGGAAGUAGACAGAGAACAGUUUUGUUCUCCAACAACACCAACACAAGCUAAAGUGCCUGAGGAAUAUUCCAAAAUGAUGUCAGCCUCAGAUAUUGCAGACAAUACUCAUCAAGGAAGUGAUCCACAUAGGGCUUCCACUUUCACAAAGGAGACAGGCCAGAAUUUUAAUUUUAACUCAUAUGAAGGAGACAACCAAAUAGAUGGUGUCAAUAAGAAAAUUGGAUCAUCUCCAAGUGAGGCACCAGAGUUUUCUGUUCCUCUCAGCCUAGCCCCAACUCUUCCAUCUCCAAUAGCUCGGCCGGAGAAGAAGACCUAUUGCUGUGCUGAAUGUGGAAAAGCGUAUGCUAGUCGCAGCGGACUGAAGGGGCACAUGAAGCACCAUGGAGUCGUAGCCAAAGCAACGCGCCCUUUAGCACGCAGUAGUCGUCCAUGCGCUGACCAACGUCAGUCAUCUACAUCAAAAGGUUCCUUGACUAUUCCGGCCUCCACAAGUGCAGCGGGUUUCUGGAACCAAUACCAAACCUUCCUCAACACCAGUCCUGGGUCAACUGAUGACACUUCUCUUGCCAGACAAGAAAUAAAUGAGUCUUCAAAACCUGCCUUGCAGUCUACGCUGGAUAAGGGUGCUCCCAAUGAAGCAGGAGAUUAA